CUCCUGGUUGUGUAUUCUGCUGCAGAUUGUUCAGUUCGGGAUGAACGAGAAGGUCGGUCAGGUUUCCUUCGACCUCCCGCGUCAGGGCGAGAUGGUUCUGGAGAAACCGUACAGCGAAGCGACGGCUCGUCUCAUUGACACCGAGGUUCGAACCCUCAUCAGCGAGGCGUACCAGAGAACCCAGCAGCUGCUGAACGUUAAGAAGGCUGAGGUGGAGAAGGUGGCGCUGCGGCUUCUUGAUAAGGAGGUUCUGGAUAAAAGCGACAUGGUGGAGCUGCUGGGUAAACGUCCAUUUGCAGAGAAGUCGACUUACGAAGAGUUUGUGGAGGGAACCGGAGGUGAAGACGAGGACACGACUCUGCCGGAUGGUCUUAAAGACUGGAACCAGGAGAGGACAGAGAAGGAGGAGAGUCAGGACGAACAGGUGGCCCGUCAGAUCUCUGGAGGAAUGCCCUUCUAGAACCGUCUCAUGGAUGUCUGUGUUCCACCACAAACACAGAUCUAACAUUCUCGUGUAUGAAAAUCAUCUGGAAUAUUUCUGAGGUUUAGACCCCUCUCACAUACACAUCAAGAAUGCUUGUUUUCUGUGGAGUUCUGUACCAAACACAAAACUGUCACCCUGUGAAGUUCCUCAGUGUUCUCUUGAAUAUCUGGGUUCUACCCACCUUGUUUCCAUCUUUUUUUCUUUCUGCACCAAAGAUCAAACCGUCACCAGAUGAAAUCAACACAUUGUUCUGUUGAACGUUUGGGUUCUACCACCAACAGAAACUGUGACUCAUUCUCCAGUCACUUCAUCAAUCUGGUGUAGAACCCACUCACUCAAUUCAAUAAUUCUUGUCCCAACACAUCUGGAACCACAGAGUUUACACACAGUAAACGUUUUAUUAUUUUCUACGUUGACCCCAAGAGCAGAACAUUCAGAUUCAUACGUUAUUGUCUUUGAGAACUGAUAUAUUAUACCUAACAAUGGUUCUCUAUAUUGAGGUCAUGUUCCAACACCAAAUUUGAUAUCACACAAAUGUUCCUAAGCAGGGUUCUACAAGGUUGUAAUUUACAAUUUCACCAAUUAUGUCACUACACUUGACACACUGAACCUCUAGAACCUCUGUUAUUAAGUUCUAAAACACAGUGUCGUUCUCGUGAGAAUUGCUCUUUGCAUAAAAGCCUCAAACGCUCUGUGAACGCUUGUUCCAUGUCACAGGUUCUAGCAUCAUCAGAACCACUCUUUCCCCUGACAUUACAACGUUUGCUCCAACGUGUGGUUCUAGAUAAGUCACAGAAUAUUCAUACAUUGAGAUAAUGUUCUUGAGUCUUUUAGAGCCCUCUCAUGCAAAAUGUACAUGGUCCUAAUGUUCUACCGGAUGAAACGCAUCUUGCAAAUCAGAACCAACACAAGAAACUUUUUCAAACUAACUGAUGACGACAAGCAGGGUCGUCCACCAUUCACAUCCUGCACAAACGUCUAGGAUGUCAAGUACAACGUGAAAAUGUUUCCAUACAAAGAACUGUUCUACAUCAAAAUACUGGAGAACUCUGUUCAGAACCAGAGGUAGAACAGUCGCAGGUUCUCGACCAGGAUUUUACAACAGCUGGUUCCUUUUCUUUGGUCUACGCGGGUUGCCAAACCGUUCUUCGUUGCGCUCUAAAGAGGGAACACUGCUCUUGACUCUGGAGACAUGAACUAAUUUAAACUUGUGAAAGAAUAUAAAUGACUUUUAUCACUUACAUAUCAAUGAUUAUUGAUCCUGGUAAUCAGAGCUAAGGGUUUGAAGGUUCAGGAAGACGUGGACAACAUCUGUCUUCAUCUUCAUGACACUGAUCCUGCAGAGCUGAUGGCAUAAUCAUUAGUUGAUCAGUUAUUGCUUUACACUGUGUGCAGCUGAGUGUAAUAUGAUGUGAAAUAAUCAUAAAUAAUGUAAAUGUGUGUUAUAUGUUUAAAUAAAGCCAGAAAAGCAACCAGGUAGCAAUUCUAAUAAUCAAUAGUAUCAAUAAUGUGGCA